AAAUUCACAAUUAGGAACACACUGUUAUCUCCAUUAUGAAAGAUGUAUGAGCUUAGCAAAAAUUCUCAAGGGAAACAACAAAAUAUUAACUGAGAUUAUCUUGAGAUUCUGGAAUCUGUGGGAUUUUGUAUUUUGCUUUAUACUUUUUUGAUUUGUCCAAGUUUUCUACAAGGAGGAUAAAUGGCUUUGAUAAUCAGAAGAGAUUAAUAAAAGUUACUGUUACUGGUUAAGCAAUUAGAUAUUUGUCCUGUCUGAGAUCCCUUCCCCAGCCCUACCAAUGGAAGCAGAAGGUAGUUACUAAUCUAACUGAAGCACAGUUACAGUUACCAAACGCCCUGUCCGCCAGAGGCAUUUUUAAAGGCUGUCAUUGGAGAUGGUAGAUUCCUUUCAACAAACAUUUCUUAGCAAACUUGGAGACUGUCUUUGUUUUGUCUUUGUCUAUGAACUUUGCUAAUAGAGGCACAUGUUGGCAUACUCCUUGAAAGUGAAGGAGAUGCAGAUGACAGGACUAAGCCCAGCAGUUACCUCUUAUUUCUAAUAUUUCUUUAUUCAUUGGACUGCUGUGCCAUGUCUUUUUAAAUUUAACUAUAUCCUAUAUUAUGUUUUUAUUGAAAAAUAUGGUUUAAAACAUGAAGUAAUCCCUGUUUUUGUGCCCAUGUUUCUUGGAUUGUGUUUUUAGGUUCUAAAAGUAUUUAAAUUGGUUCUCCCAAUGACUCCUUUCAAGAAGUUAUUCCUACAUGUAAGAUUAAAUCUGUCAUGGUGAUUUUUGUGGACUCACGUAUUUAGUUUACUGCACAGGUAAAUCCUCCUCAUGAUGCUGUUUCUCAAAUUAUACAUUUAUAUCAUUAUUUUGAGAAUCACAUCACUCUUUAUCAAAUACUUCUGAUAAAGUAUCACACAUAUCACAUACUUUAUCAAAACAUCCUUUUUUCCAAGGUGAGCUAAGGUGGAAAAUCAAAUUAAUGCAUCUUAAGUUGGCAAUGCAUUUCAAAACCUCAUGUCAUAAUUACCAGAUUCAGCUGAAAAGUAAAUUGCAGUGUGUGCACACAGAGAUCUAAAAUCAGGUGCUGGGGCAUCAGCAUGCACAAAGAAUCUCUGUGUUCUCAUGCCUUUGGAGAUUUCUCAGUAUAAGGAAAGUUUAAGAAAAAGUACUUCAAGAUUGGUUUGUGAAUAUGUUGCUUUACCUAAAUCCAUCUUCUCACUUCAAUUUGUUCAUGUGUCUCUACUGGAAAAGGAAGUUCAAAGGGUAUUGUAUUAUGGAAAUAAUACAGGCUAGUAGUCAAAAGAACUGGGUUCUAAUUCUGACUUAACCACUAUUUGAGUGACUUCCAGUAAGUCACUUAACCUCUCUGGUUCUCAUUUAAACCAAAUGAUCUAUUCAAGUUAUUUCUAAUGUGAACAUUCAGUGAUUUGAUGAGAUCUAACUUUUGGAUAAAUUGUGGAGAGUAGGGGCUGCUCUUCACAGUCCCUCCUCCUCUGGGGUCUAGCCCUUUUGUUCCUCAUCCCUAGUCAGAGCCACUCUGUCCCUAACCAACUACCUACUGGAGGGAAAUCUCACAGCAGGGAUGCAACAGUGAUGAGGGAGCCAUACUGAAACAACGUCCUCCAUAUGGCCCAGUAGGAGAGAGUUCUGAAGGGGUACGAGCUACAAAAGGAGCAGAAGAGGAAACCAGAAAUGAGGAACUGGAAAUUUCUGAAAAACAACUCUGAUGGUUAUCUAGAAGCUGAAUUGAAUCGUAGACACCAGAGUUUGGAAUUGCAUUUUGAAUUGCAGAAUUAGAGGUAACUGCCUCCCACCUGUAUGAUAACGUCAAUUUAAUUUGAAAUUUGAGUGUGGUUUUAUAGGCAUUCCAUUCUCUGGUAGUGCCGGAGAGCAGUUAUUUAUUUAUCAGACUCCCAUGGAGCACAUUUGAAUUUGGAAAAGGAAAUGAUUAAAAAAAACCAAAAAACAACCUGGGUGCUUCUGAUAUGGAUACUAUCAUGGAUGUUAAUAGUAUUUGGAAGUAAAAUGAAUGAGGUUACCUUAUUACAGGCUCAAUAUUCAUCCAUUAAAACAUGCAAUUGAUGAAUUCAGCCUGGUUAUCAGGCAGUUUAAGCCUUUUCCAAUAGAAUAGGAAGUUAGAAUCAAUGCUUCUUUCAUUGGGUUUGCAUUGAGUAGACUAAAUAAGGUUUAUUUAACUCAUGCAACUCUGACUGGUCCUUUCUCUCCCUAAUUUUGGAACAGAAAAGUCCACAAUUAAUUUCAGACUCUGACAGGAGAGACAAGGAGGAGCAGAUAGGUUCUGGGAGAACUUAAAAUCUUUGCUGCACCCCUCACUGACCCUGGUGUGUGCCCCUUCAUCGUGGGGAUAGCUCUUGCCAUCAUUUAAAAAAAAAAUUGAACUGGGUUUCUAGAGACGUACUGGUCUUGCCUCUGCAGACUCAUAAUUCCUUUAUCUGGGAUUCCUGGGAGGAAACAGCAGAUAGAGACUUAAAAGCCAGAUGUCCCUGCACCCGCAUCUCCUUGUUUUUCAUUCUUAUCCAGGCAGAAAGGUGAUGGAACACUUUGUCUCUAGCAAAGGGAUAUUUUCAGAUACUGAGGUGUUGCCCGAGACAACUGAUCAGAGAAGUUAGGAGGGAGAGUGAAGAGGAGGUUCAGAUCCGCCCCCUGUAACUGGGUGCUGCUUUCCCCCACAGGACUGUGCAUUGAUAGACCUCCCUUCCCUCACACUUUCCCUUCCUCUCCCCUCUCAUUUGCUGUCUCUUUUCUGCCCUCAGUUUGGCCUUUCAUAGUAAGAGGUCAAUAUGUUUUCACACUUGGGAAAUUUCAUUCAAGAAUUUUUGUCAAUGGACAAGUCAUAAGGAGCCCUUCCAUUUUAGGGCUCGUUGACGUCACUAAGGAGGCGAUAAAUAUCUGUUGAUAUAAUUGGAUGUGAGAUUCAGUGUUGAGAUAGCAAAAAUUCUGCCCCUCGUUCCCUGGCAGGGCCCUAUGAUUUAUGCAGGAGCAGAGGCAGCACGCAAUCGAGCUGUCAAGAGAGCGUCAGCUUAUUAGGCAAAUGCUGCGUGGUUUCUGAAGAGGGUCGACGCUAUAAAAUCCCACUCCAGGCUCUGGUGUGGAGAAACUCAGAGCCCAAGUCCGUUGAGAGGCUGAAGAGAAAGAGAAGAGGGAGAGAAAAAGAGAGUGGGGACAGAAAGGAGAAGGGAAGAAAAUCCCUGAAAAAGCCCCGGAGACGUUCCUCUGCAGAGAGGCGGCAGCGCCCGGCUCACCUGCAGAAGCGCCUCAGAAGCUAGCGCCCCUAACAUGCGGCUGCCGCUGCUUGUGUCCGUGGGCGUCCUGCUGGUGGCUCUCCUGCCCUGCCCGCCAUGCAGGGCCCUUCUCACCCGGGGGCCCAUCCCGGGCGCCCGGCAGGCCCUGCAGCACCCCCAGCCCCUGGAUUUCUUUCAGCCGCCGCCGCAGCCUCAGCAGCCCCAGCAGCCGCAGGCUCGGCCCGUCCUACUCCGCAUGGGGGAGGAAUACUUCCUCCGCCUGGGUAACCUCAACAAGAGCCCCGCUGCUCCCCUCUCGCCCGCCUCCUCUCCUCUCGCUGGCGGCAGCGGCAUCCGCCUUUCGCCGGACGAGGCUGCCGCCAACUUUUUCCGCGCGUUGCUCCAGCAGCUGCCGCUGCCCCGGCGCCCGCUCGACAGCCCAGCGGGUCCCGCGGAGCCCGGCGCCGAGAAUGCCCUCGGCGGCCGCCAGGAGGCACCGGAGAGGGAGAGGCGAUCCGAGGAACCUCCCAUUUCGCUGGAUCUCACCUUCCACCUCCUCCGAGAAGUCUUGGAAAUGGCCAGGGCCGAGCAGUUAGCGCAGCAAGCUCACAGCAACAGGAAACUGAUGGAGAUUAUUGGGAAAUGAAACGGUGCGUUUGGCCAAAAAAGAUUCUGCAUUUAGCACAAAAAAUAAAAAUAAUAAAAACAAUACAGUAUUCUCAAUCAUAGCAUUGCUCUGAUACCAUUUGUUUAUUUUUAUAUAGCUUGAAACGUAGAGGAUGUACAGCAAGAGAGGCUGUACUCCUUAAUUAGCAUGCACAAAGUGUAUUCACGAGCAGUAACAGCAACACAAUGUUAUUUGUAUUGUCUACUUUUAGUUUCCAUUUCCAGGUGUCUUUGAUGUGUUUUAAAGAGAGUAUGGACUCGGGAGGAAACAUUUUGAAGAAGCUGAUCAGAAGUCACCCAAUUUAUUUUGUUAUGGUCUGAGCCAAAGAGAAUGUCAUUCUCUUGCGUGGGUGAGACAAAAAUCUGUAAGCUCUUUGAAUCAACUUUGCCUUGUAAACGUUUCAGUAAUAAAACAUCUUUCCAACCCUUGGUCAAUUUGGUUGUGUAAGAGAAUGUAGAAUAUUUAUAUUUUUAAUAAAAGCUGCAAAGGUAAUCGUGA